AUGGCCUGGCGGCCUGGCGCAGGCGCCAGAGGGGGAGCGGCGGAGGGCGGAGGGGGGACUGCUGCACUGGACGCCGGAUGCGGAGCCGCGAAGGGCGGAGGCCGGACGACGCGAGUUCAGGUGGACGGCGCGCUGGCGUGGUCGCGAUUGGAGGGCACGGACGAGCCACGCACGGUCGCGACUCGCGAGUCGCGGGUGCGGUGCAGGCGCGGCCGUGGCUGCUCCGUCCUGGGCAAGGCUGGGGCUGGCACCAGGGUUGAUGUGGAUUUUGGGAUGCUGGGCUGA